UGUUAGCAGAUGUUGGCAACACAAUUCGAAAUGUCAAGUAAAAUACAACCAGUCCCUCAUUCUGUCGCAUUUGUCAAAAUACCUGCCUUAGCCAGCCAGAGUGAAAAGCAAAAGCUAACGUUGUUUGCCUGAACUAAUCUAAUAACACUAGCUAACGUACAAAAUGACACCGGAAAUAAAUGCUACACCACCAUCAGUUUCGUGGGCACAGAGAAGUGCUCAUGUAUUUUUGACAUUUAAUGUAGAAUGUGAGAAACCAGAUAUUGUAAUUGCUAAAAAAUCUGUCUCAUUUGAAGGCACUUGCACGCCGGAUCAGAAGUUACAUAAGGUUUUCAUACCAUUGUACUCUGAAAUAGACCCAGACAAAAGUUCAUACACAAACAAAGGAAGGUUAAUUGAAGUAGUUUUGGCUAAAGCAAAAACCGAUGAACCUUUUUGGCCUGCCUUAACCAGUGACAAAAAGAAACAUCACUGGCUCAAGGUGGAUUUCAACCGCUGGCAAGAUGAGGAUGAGAGUGGAGACGAGUUUGAUGACAUGAAUGACAUGUUCUCCAGCAAAUUACCAAACUUUGGCGAUGAAAACGACAAAGGGGCCAGCAGCUCGUCGGACGAAGAAGAUCUCCCAGAUAUAGAGUAAUGGAUCUUGAGUAUUAUAUAGCCAAAAAAAAUUAAAUAGCUUUAGAAAUUUUGUAAUUAUGGACAAUAUUUGUGCUUUUAUACAAGGAAUAGUGUGGUAGUGGUAUCCCCUAAACAUUUUACAUAAAAUAAGGGCAAAAGGAGUGUGGUCUGUAUUCAGUUUCUACUUAUGAAGUACCUAACUAAUGCUAAUUUAAUUUAGAGUUAAUCCAAUUCAAUUUAUGUUUAUAAAUUUGUUGGCAAUCGUUGCCAAUUAUAUUUAAAAUUGUUUGUCCCAAAAAGGCAACUUAAUGUUUAAUAUUAUUAUGUGUGACUAUUUGCAUGUUUGAAAAUAUCAUCCACAUCACUUAUUCAUGUAUAUUUUAAAUGUGGUUUAGUAUAUUGAUACCAUAUCAAAUUACUGGUAUUACGAAACAUUGUGUCUGUCAUUAACAUUAUUUGAAGCUGUCUUUAUAUUAUCUCUGAAUAUUGUUGAUUGUGGCUCUUAGUAACUUAGGUUGACCAAAAGCUAAACCUUAGUUUACAAAACCGACUACUUGAAAUGCUUUACAUGCUGCCCCAUACAUUUGCAUUAUUAUUUGUAAUCAUUAAAUUAUUAUAGAUGAAAACAAUUUCUACAUCAAUGUCAUUACUUACAAAUGAAAUAGGUUUCAACCAAUAAUGUACAUUCCAAAGAUUAUUUGACUAUGGCUGCUAUAAAAUUAUAGGUAUAUUUUAUAACCUAAGCAUACUCAAUAGGGCUACUAUUUGAGCCAUGAUAGUUAUGUUUAAGUGCAUACUGUAUUUUAUAUUUUUUAAAUAGUUAUAAUUUCUUCAAGUACCUUUCCUUAUACAAUAGUAUUAUGUUAGUUCAGUCAUUUUUUUUCUCGUGUGUUAAAAAUACUACCUACUAUAUCCAAAAGAUUGAACUAUUUUGUUUUUCAAUGUUUUAUUUUGCGCUUGUGUUGCACACAUUAGCAGAAGUAAAUCUUGUCAUGCAUUAAAUUAUGUACUUUAUAA